GACGUUCCUUGAGAUUCAGAAAUCACAGGUGACAGUGUGAGUAUUCCCUCAAAGCUGGAAAUGCCCGACACCCUCACUUUGCCCUUUAUUCCAAAAGGCGCCAGCCACCAGGCGUUUAGUCCGGAUGUGUCGCCUGCAGGGUCGAACAUGUUGCUGAACAAACGAUCGCGGUCCUUCCAGGGCUUCUCUCCUAGGCACGACAGCAAAGAUCCUUCUCCUUCGAAGGAAGGGCGAACAGAAGCAGAAGGAAGAACAUCCAGUUCAGCGCAGGACAACUCUCCAUUGGGAGACGCCUUGCGACGGGCUCGUCGCGCGCGGGCCUUCGGCAGUGAUGUCCCUACAUCCAAGCUAGACAAGCUCGAGACCUUUGAGGAUGAGGAUGAGAACGGACUGGGGAGCCAGCUGCGUUCCAUCAGAAGAGCGAAGGUCUUUGGUUCAGAGAGCGACACAUGUGAGACCUUUCAGGCCGAAGAGGAGAAUUCACCCAUUGGAAGCAGCCUCCGCAGCACUGGCGAGCGAAUUGCCAAAGG